UCCCCACUCGCUUUCAUUCCUACCGCCACCAACGCACAGACCGUUCCCUUCUCCUCCAUUUUUUUAGAUUUUUCUGUACACUGUAAUCGACGGUCAUCAUGGACGACGAAGUCGAGUAUUUGGGCACCAAUUUUGCUCAGCCAGCUGCUUGCCCCUGUGAUCCACAGCAACCGGUGACGGGUAUCACUCUGCACGUCGAGUCGUGUGGUGGAAAGCCUGCUCAUAAUGUUUCCUUCUUCAACUCCCGCACCUCCCAUGUUCACAUCGGUCGCAAAUCAAUCUCAGAUGAUAGGUCAAUGAGGAAAGAGAACGACGAUCAGAAUGCUGUAUUUGCAUGCCCCGUAGUCAGCGCAAAGCACGCCAAACUUGUGUUGGCCUCCAGCGGCCACGUGUAUAUUGUUGAUCUCAAGUCCCGUCAUGGGACACAUCUACGGAAGCAAGGCGAAACAACAUCUAGGAUGUUGCAGCCUGAGGUGGAGACCUCCCUUACUGAUGGCGACAUCGUGACGUUUGGUAAAGCUGUGGGGCAAGGCGCUACCCUCGUUUCACCGGUCACAGUUCGCAUCGAAUUUUUGCGCGAUAUUUUAGAUAUGCGCGAUUCGCCUCCGUGGUGUCUCACCCUUGUAGAGCCCUCAAGUCCUCGCCCACGAAAAUUAAGCACCGGGCGCUAUGGCCUUAACAGUCCUAUUUCAUAUCCUUCUUCCCCAUCUCAUUCUUCAGAGUCCCUUUCAUCUCCAUCGGGCUCAUCCAACGAGGCUGCUUCACACUCGGAGCAUGAAUCUGAUAUAGAAGAGAUACCGUCUUGGGAAGAACUUCGUUCCUGUGUUUCAUCCCUGCGUCAAGACUUCCACGCAGACUUUUUGGGCGGUUCAUCACUCGGGAAGAUGCCAUCGCUUGGGUCGUUGAUGCAGGAUAUCUGCCAUAAGAUCGCGGACCCACUUGACAUAGAUUCUCCCCACCCUUGGUCUCCUCCGGCCAUUGCAACCAUUGCGUCCAUUGAUGACGAUGAUGCGCCUUCGUCCAUUAUCCACCUUGAGGAUUCACGGUCUCAUUCUCCCAUGGAGCUUUCCACUCCAUCUCCAUCGCCCCCUCAGGCCCCCGAGGAGCCGGAAGUCGGUGAAUGGACACCGUCCCGGGCUGACUCCCUGCAGCCCGCUUUACAUCGGUCGGAUGAGUCGAGCAGAGUCAAACUUCCAUCGAUGUGCUCAUUUGGGCACAUGGGAUCCCUCGAUUCGGGAUCUUUUGAGAGCUUCCCAGAACGGCUUCCCUCGCUUUCUAGUUUCUCGCCGUUUGUGCCGCUGGAGGCUGAACCGGCCACCCUGGCACCCAUUCCUGUUCUCCCCUCUAUUACUGAGGUGGGGUCGGAUGAAUCCCAGAUUUCCAGCCAUGAUGACAAUAGAGAUCUGCGCGAUGCCAUAAAGACUAUCGAGGGUCGAGUAAAUGUGCUGCAUUCCAGUGUUACUGAUAUCAAGAAUCGCCAUGCCAUGUCAGAGGACGACCUUUAUGACCUUCAGCAUCAAGUUGACAUGCUCGAGCCUGAAUCUGACCAACUUUUUGCACGCUUGGAGGCUGCAGAAGACAAGCUAUCCACUUUGUCAGACCUGCAAGAUCAAGUCUCUGAGUUACAAUCCAAGGCCGACGCAGAAAGCUGUGACGCCUUCGUGCCACCCGUGGCAGAUGUUAAGGCUUGUGCCGACGCUCUCAAUGCCCUCGUCAUUGAAAUGAAGACCUUACGCGAAGAAACUGAAAAACGCGUGGAGGAGAGGAUUCAGACAAUUCAGGAGGCUAGGACGGAGGCGCUGUCUGUUAUCGCUGCAGAAGUAGAGACAUUCAAAUCGCUUAAACGCAAGCAUUCUGAGAUUGAAAUCGAGGUCGCUCCUCCAGUCAAGAUGGAUAUCGUUGUGGAAGAACCAGCGGCGGCUACGAAACCUGAAUUACCGGUCGAAGGUUACAGGCAUAUCAAACGGCCUAGGAGGAUAAUGACAUCCAUCGCGCAUACCGCCACGGCCAUGGCAGUUGGUGCAGUUGCAACUUGGUCUGCGCUCGCCUUCUCGUAAAUUUCAGAAGAAUUCUGAUAUUGCAAUUGCUAAAAUGCAUAAUUGGUUCUUGGUUUGUACCACCACUGUUCAUGUUGUAGGAACUUCGUUGUAUUUUCCUUCGUACGAUGUACGUUAUUUUAGGUUUCUGUACGGAUUACAUGUUGUAUCAGGUUCCCUAUGAGCAUUAUUUGAACCCUCCUCAGUCCAGUUUU